AUGACGGCCGGCGAUGGAAACGGGAAGAAGACGGCCUGCGUGACCGGCGGCAACGGGUUCUUGGCGUCGGCGCUCGUGAAGUUUCUCCUCGAGCAAGGCUACGCCGUCAACGCCACCGUCCGCGACCCCAGUUCAUCUCCGGCAACCCUGAUCAAAUAGAUCUUUUUUGGGGGCUGCGUUGGCGCUGACCUUUCUUCCUCCUCCUUUCUCCGCAGAGGCGACGGCGAAGGUGGCUCACCUGGCGGCGCUGCAGAGCCUUGGCGACCUGAGGAUCUUCCAGGCCGACUUGAAGGUCGAGGGGAGCUUCGACGCGGCCCUCGCCGGCUGCACCUACGCCUUCCUCAUCGCCAGCCCGGUGGAAGUCGACGCCAAAGACCCCGAGGUAUUUCUAUAGUUCACGUUGUCGUUGAGAGAAAUAGUUUCUGAUAAUCAGUUUUUCCGAUAUAAAUUACAACUGAAAAAAAAAACCCAUUUAUUAAUAUUUUUUUAGAAUUAAACAUGCCCAUCAUAUCUCAUGUUUCAGGGCUAUUAGCUCAUGUUGAGAAGAUAGUAUUUUUUUUCUUUAUUUGGUUACGGAUGGUAUGGGAGUGCUCUAACAAUGGAGGGGAACUACGAGCAGAACGACCUGAUCAAGCCGGCGAUAGAAGGGACGCUGAACGUGCUGAGGUCCUGCGCCAAGGCGAAGACGGUGAAGCGGGUGGUGCUGACCUCGUCGGCGGCGGCGGUGUCGGCAAACCGCCUCGAGGGGCCCGGUCUGGUGCUGGACGAGGAAUCAUGGACCGACGUCGAGUACCUCUACACCACCAAGCCGCCGACUUGGGUAGGGCGCGGCCCGUUCUCUCUCCCUCCCUCUCUCUCUCUCUCUCUCUCUCUCUCUCUCUCUCUCACUGUAUGUCUGUCUGUAUGUCUGUCUGUCUCUCGCUCGCUGUCUCUCUGUCUCUCUGUUUGUUGUGUCUGUCUCUCUUUGUCUGUCUGUCUGUCUGUCUGUCUCUCGCUCGCUGUCUCUCUGUCUCUCUGUUUGUUGUGUCUGUCUCUCUUUGUCUGUCUGUCUGUCUGUCUGUCUCUCGCUCGCUGUCUCUCUGUCUCUCUGUUUGUUGUGUCUGUCUCUCUUUGUCUGUCUGUCUGUCUGUCUGUCUCUCACUCGAACGGUUCUUUCUUGCACUGGAGGUGGAGAGACAAUUAGAGUUUUUUUUCUGGCUGAUGAAGGGGUACCUGGUGGCCAAGACGCUGGCGGAGAAGGCUGCGUGGAAGUUCGCGGAUGACAACCAGCUCGACCUAAUCACGGUCAACCCGACCAUGAUCGUAGGUCCCACCAUGACCCAAGAAACCCCGUUCAGCGUCAGGUUGGCUCUAGCUUUGAUAACAGGUGAGCCACAUUACCUUGGCUGUCAAUGGGCCUCUCUCUCUCUCUCUCUCUCUCUCUCUUCUGCCAUAAAACGAUCACUUUGAGCAGGUGAGGAGCUGCCGACGCUGGGGGUGAAGAUUAUGGAGAAGGUGUCCGGGUCGAUCUCACUCAUCCAUCUGGAGGACGUCUGCCGGGCUCAGCUGCACCUGGCCGAGACGGAGGCCUCCGCCGGGCGUUAUAUAUUGAGCGCGGUUGACUCCGGCUUGUGGGACAUUGCGGCGUUCCUCUCGGCUACAUACCCACAGUACAAGAUCACCACAAGGUGAGACUUUGAUCCCACAUUUUAGAUAAAAAUGAAGCCUUUUCCCGAAAACCCGCGUUAAAAAAUCGCACCUUGCGAUGACCCACCUCGUCUCGGCUCGUCAACGGCCGGGAAACCUCCCCCCACCCCCGUUCUCUCUUUCUCUGUCUGUCUGUCUGUCUGUCUCUCUCUGCCUCUGUCUCACGGGUUCACUGGGUUGACAAACCGACACCCAUAGAAGCGUUAGAAUAUUUGGCCAUUCAACUCAUAAAUAGUAACAGUAAGAAAUUCUGUUCAAUCACAUGAUCUGAAUCGUUCUAUCUGCUUUAGACUCACUCUCUCUCCUUCUGGCAUGCCACCGACAGCCUCGCCGAGGUGCCUGUGAGGCCGAGGCUGGUGUUUAGCACAGAGAAGCUCCAAAAGGAGGGAUUCAAAUUCAGGCACAAGCAGCUCGAAGAACUCUACGACUUAGCCGUCAAGGUGGCGACAGCGACCGGGCUCCUGCCGGAGGCGACGAAGGUCUGA